AUGAGAGAAGGACAAAGACUUAAUCAAUCAUUUUCUUAUUGUCGAUCAAGUCCUGAUAAGAAGGGUUCAAGACACAAUAAAAUAGUUUCAGAUGCUUAUAGAAAGUUUCUAGCUACUUAUUAAUAGUUAUCUAUGUUAGGCAGUUAGUAUAAAUAUUCACAUAAUACUCUUAUGCCUUAUAUUCACUUUUUUAAAUACAUGGCUAAAAGAUAUGAUGAAACAAAUCAAAAAUGCAAAUUGAAAAUGUGGAUUCCUGAUACUAUAAUAUUAAAUGAUGUAGAUUUAAGUGCAAUAUGGUUAUAUAGUAGUGCAGAUGGUUAUGUUUAUAGAACUGAUUCAUUUACAUCUAGAAAUGCAGCAUAAAAAUUUAUUGAAGGUAGCAAUGAUCCAAAUGAAUUAAUUGCAGUUGUAAAGAAACCACAUUAUAAAGAUAUGGAAUUAAUUGGAAAUGACACAAAACCUAUAUUAUAAAAGGAUAUUCAAUUACUAUUUUCAAAUGCCAUGAGUGUAAAAUAAGAAAUCACUUGUUUAUAAAAAUAUAUUAAAUGUUAAGGUCCUAUGGCAUAUAUCUGUAGAACAAUAUGGAAAAAAAAUGGAUAAACUACAGCUUGGGUUAUUACAAAUAAAUUAACAUUUUAAGAUGAAGGUGAAUAUGCUUAAAGAUGUCUUGCAAGUGCCAGCAAAUAUAAAUAAACCAAUAUAAUUCAGUGUAAAGGUGGUCGUUUCAUAGAAGAAACCAUUCCUUAUAUUUAAAAUCUAUUACUCUAUUGUAGAUAGAGUUUGAAUGUAGAAUUUGAUGAAUUAGGUUGUGAUUUUACAAAGGGAAUAGAUAAUAAAUGGUAUUUACUUAAUGUUAGAGGUUUUAAAUUGAUUAAUCCUUCUCAUUAAAUAUUUACUAGACAUAUUACUCAUGAUGAAUAAAUACCUGUAGAUUAUGAUAGAAAAUAAACUUCUAAUUUAAAUCAAUAAUGGAAUUUUACAAAGACUUAAAUUUGUAAAUUUUGUGAAUUGAUAUAUCCAGCAAAAGAAUUAACACAUUAAUUAACUUUAAAAAUGUUAAUAGAAUGUGAUUUACAUUUAUUAAGUAGAAAUAUUGAAUUAAAACAUUUAUAAAUUAGAAAUAGAAUAAACUUUACACAUCUUGAUAGUGCAAUGUUAUUUCAUAAAUAUUUUGUUUGUGAUAGUUGUUAUUAAUUAUUUAUGGCAUGUGAUGAAUUAAUAUAACUUGAAUUUAAAAUGGCAUAAAAAUUAGGAAUUGAUGUUAAUGAAAAAAAUAAUAUUAUUUCACUUACUUAAUAAGAUUAUCGUAUUAAAGGACCAAAUGUUGUUCAAAGAUAGGCUAACACUAUAUAUGGAAAUGGGGAAUAUUUUAUUAAACCUCAUGAUUGGGAAAUGUUAAAUGAAGUAUAAAUAAAAUUGAUGCCCAACUUACCUGAAAUUAAUUAUGGAACCAUUCCUAAAAUGAAAAGAUUUAGAAUUAUGAUAUACCUUAAAACUGUAUCAUAGAUUCCAAUUGAAGCUUAAUUUAAUUAAUGUAAAUAUUACAUUUAUUACAGCUUUCUUAAUUAAGAAAUUAAGUAUAUUUAUUUAUGAUAAUUUUAGAUUUUAAUUAGAUAUGAAAAAGAGUAUAGAUCAUUAGAAAGAUGUAUUAAAUGUUGAUCAUGUUAAAUUAUUUUAUCUAUUUGCAGCUGAUAGAUAAGAUAUUAAUUGUAUUUUAUCACAAUUGAAAAUUGGUCUAUUAUGCAAUUAAGAAUUAAUAGGAGAAUUGGAAUGUGAAUUAGGAGAUUUCAAAAGUUCUUAAGUUACAAUUAAAGAAUAUUUAAAAUAUUUCUCAGGAAUCUAAAUUAAAUAAAUUUUAUCAUGGUCAACUGAUCUAAGUAUUGGAUUAGUAGAAACUUAAUAAGGAAGUAUAAAUGUAGAAAGAAUUAAACUUUAAAAAUAUGGAAUAAUCUAUUUGCCAAAUAUUGAUUAUUAUUGUAGUGAACCAUUACCUUAAGAAUGGAUGAAUUAAUUUGAAAAAAGAAGAAAAAACAAUAUUAAUCAUAUUGGUAAUAAUAGUACAAGUUUUGCAAUAUCUGAUGUUUCAAAUAUUUUAGAUCAUUCAAGAGUCCAUUAAACCAAAUAUCCAUCAAGAAAAAGUUGCACUGCAGCAACUACUGCUCCAAAUAAAUUAGAUUCAUCUUCAAUUUUAUAUUCAGAACUAUUAGAAUAUUAAAGAGAGUAUUAAAUUAAAAUAAAUAUUAUAGCACAGAUAAAAUACUUAAUUUUGAUUAUUGA